GGAAAAAGUCAGCCAAGCAAGAAUUCUGUUUGGCCCGACAUGGCAUCCCCCAACACUGCACGCUCGAAUCCACUGGCAAAACCAGUGCCAGGAAGCCCUCAUCCUACUUCUAGUCCUCAACCAGAUGACAGCCAACAACCACAUUUACUCGCAUUAAAGGUGAUGCGACUUUCGCGGCCAUCCCUAGGCACUCAAGUGACGGCUUACGUUGAUCCACAAGCCAGCCCAAUGUCGGCUGCGUUGACGUCGUCCAACGAGAAAAAGGAUCAAGAGAAGCGGCAUAUGCAAAACGAACACUCCAAAAUAGAUAUUAGGAACUUUGGCUUAGGAGAAGCGCUGGUCCUUCCAUCCGCGUUUGGCAACAUAUACCUGGGUGAAACGUUUAGCACAUAUCUAUGCGUCAAUAACGAGUCCAAGGAGAUAACGCAUGAAGUCAAAAUGAAGGCUGAACUCCAGACUUCUUCUCAAAGAUUUAAUCUGGCUGAUACCAAUGAUGAACCCUUGGCCAUCAUGGAACCCGGUCAAUCUAACGAGUUUACCAUAUCACACGAAAUCAAGGAACUCGGUGUUCACAUCCUUGUUUGUUCCAUCCAGUACACCACAGUAGAGGGAAGAUCAAGGAGUUUUCGAAAAUUUUACAAGUUCCAAGUGGCCAACCCCCUAGCGGUCAAGACGAAAGUCAACAAUAUGAUCGAUGGAAAGGUGUUUUUGGAAGCACAGGUUCAAAACGUGUCCGCAAAUACAAUGAUGUUGGAACGAAUGAAAUUUGAGCCUGCAGAGCAUUUCCUCCACGAAGAUCUCAAUUUCUUCAAAGCAGAAGAUAACAAGGAAAAUGCCUUGCAGUCCACAUUUGGGUCUCAAUAUUUAAAUCAGCAUGACGUUAGACAAUAUCUAUAUCUUUUGACACCUAAGAACGCCGAGGAUGAUCGAAUAGCGCGAACAACUAAUACUCUCGGAAAGCUGGAUAUCGUAUGGAGAACAACGAUGGGUGAAAUGGGCCGACUACAGACAUCUCAGCUGACGCGUAAAGUGCCAAUAUUAGACGAUCUUCAAGUCCAAGCGUUCAAUGUCCCCUCAACCCAAAUCAGCGAGGACGGGCAACUUGUAAAGGGAAUUCGAGCGGAGGAACCAUUUUCCAUUGGCAUACGAAUCAGCAACCAUUCUGCGCAGAAUAUGAAGGUUGUGUUAUCAGCUGUCAAAGCCAAAAUGGGCUCAGUCCUUCUCAGUGGAGUUAGUACCCGACAACUGGGAGACCUGUCACCUGAACAAACCAUUGAAACCAAUGUUGAAUUCUUCCCACUGAGCCCUGGACUACAAAAGAUCGGUGGAUUGAAGUUGGUAGAUCUCAUCACUGGCUACAUUAAAGAAGUCGACCAUCUUUGCGAUGUGUUUGUAGAAUAUGACGAUUAAAAUUGUAAUAAUAAUACCCUACAUCCUGUUUGACUGCUGGGAGAAUGCAUCGGGAUUUUCGUGGGACGCAAUUUGGUUAGUAAUAUGUGAGGCGUGGAAACCAACUUCUCUAACAAUGACG